AUGCGCGCGGACGCGCGCAGCAGACCUGGAAGGCCAAAAGCACGGCACGGUAUUUGCGCUGUUUUGUGCACUUGGCAUCAAAACCAUGGUGUUUACAUUGUUUUUUUGCACACCACCAUCCAGAAACACUGGUAUAUAGAAUGGGCUAGCGCCCGGGUGCCGCCGACCCCCUCUUCUUUGUGGGGGGCGGUCACCGCAGCCAUUUCAGCAGCAAGCCUCCAAGCAGCGCGACGGGUCUCGGAGAAUCGAAAGGUGUUAAAGAUGCUGCCCAGCUUGCACCGAUUGCGUGUGGUAGACCUCGCUGGAUUGGAUGUGAUUUGGCAGUCCGAGAUUCGGGACAUCAUCGCGCAAAAGAGCGCAUGGAGACGAAAAAACUGGUCCGAAGCGCCCUAG